AUGGCUUUUUUUGAAGCAUUGUAUGGUAGGAAAUGCAGAACUUCAGCAUGUUGGGAUAAAGUUAGCGAAAGAAAAUGCAGAAGAAACCUUGAAUUUGAUAUUGGGGAUAGAGUUUUCCUGCGAUUGUUACCAUGGAAAGGUGUUAUCAGAUUUGGUAAACGAGAAUUCAUGAUGUAUUCCAUGUUUCGUAAGUAUAUUUCGAAUCCGUCUUAUGUUUUGAAAUCACAACCAGUAGAGCUAAAAGAAAAUCUUACCUAUGAAGAGGAACCAGUUCAGUUAUUGGACAAAAAGAAACAGGUCUCGCGUACUAAGACUAUUCCUUUGAUUAAAAUCUUGUGGGGAAAUCAUACUGUAGAAGAAGCGACAUGGGAGAUUUGGAAUUUGUGUGAAAUUGAUCAUAGGCUGGUUAGUCCUGUUUACAGUGGAGAUAAUAUCGAAAUUCUGUUAGAAAAAUGA